AUGUCGGUCACCAUGAUCACCUCGUCGAGCACAUCUCGGAUCAUUGACUCAAAUUCGCCAGUUCCUCCAGUGGUGUCAGUGGCCUCCACAUCAUGCGUCUCAAGUGCUGUAGGAGGUCUCUCCAGCGCCACGAGCACAAUACGUCCCACGACCACGACCAUAAGUCCUACCACGUCACAAAUACAGCAAAAGUCGAGUGGCAAGCAAGAACUCUCAUCGAUAAUUGCACUACCACUAGUAACGUCUACAUUGUUACCAUCUUCUCUAGGAUUGGCAUCUCCUGCGGCGGCUUCAACCAUCACAACGACGAGAACAACGGAUGAUGGUCUUGCAGCGCCCGCGCUUUCGAUAUUACUCUCUGCCGAGACUCCGGCUACGGCUACAGCUAAGACUCAAUCACAUUUUAUCGUAGGCACCCAUACCGUGACUGCCGGCGCUCAAGAAUUUACUGUUUUUGGGACGGUCGUCAGCGACGCAUCAUCUGCCACGGAACUUAUCAUCGGCUCGUCGACCAUUCUGCCACUCCAGACGAGUCCUUCAGCUGAUCUUCUCCUAACGCUGAAACCAGGCGGCCCGGCGAUCACUCUAUCAGACACGCUCAUCGGUCUCGCCACAUCUACCACAAAGCUCGUGGUGGGCUCAUCGACUAUACCGCUUUUCCCAAGACCCGAGAGAACGACAAUACCAGAUAUUACCCUAGGCUCAACCGUCCUCACCCCUGACAGCGACUCCGUCUACACCCUCGGAUCGCAAAUACUAAGUCCCGGUGGCCCAGCGAUCACGGUCUCCGGUACGGAAUACACUCUAGCCACCGAUGGCGGUGAGCUCCUCGUAGGCUCAAGCACUGAAGUUCUGACUACGACCGGCACGGGAGUGUACGUCUGGAGCAAUAUCGGGGCUUCCAGCAUUUCCAGUGGCACUCUAGUAUCACCGGCGAGUACAACCACCACUUCGGCCUCUCAGUCCAGAUCAGGGGUUCUGUGCCAGCAACAGCGAGAGUACGUCUCCAGCCGGCAUAAUUGCAUCCAGUGCAGCAUUCGUCACCUCAAGUAUACGCCGUGUCUUGAGCUCCUGCUUCCUCCUUCUCGUCAUGGUUCCGUUCGCUCCUUAGCUUCACGUCGUGGCAACGGCAACGUUUAA